AUGUUCUGGAGGUUUGGCGGCUACGCCAACAUCUCGACCAUCGACACCAUCCUCGACAAGCCCGACUUCACCCUCGAAGAGCUGCUUGAGGAGGCUGACCUGAUACAAGAGCUGAAGCAGCACAACUCCAAGCUCAUCGAGUUUCUGCGCGAGGACAAGGUGCUGGAGAAGCUCCUCGAGUAUACUGUUGCCCCCAAGCUCGAGGCCGUCGAGAGCGCUGAGGAGCCCGCCGAUGAUGACAUCAAGACAAAGGGCCGCCUGCUGCCCUUCUCCCGCCCUCGCGCAUCCUCGCGCGCCACCGAUCCCGGCGAAAAUGACGACGAGCUGGACAAGAAGCGCAACCGUUAUGCACAUGUCGCUUGCGAGGUCCUGAGCUCCGAUACCUGGUCUAUAUACGAGGCCCUUGUCGAAAACCGACAGCUGAUCCGCGACUUUUGGAACUUCCUCUCUCGGCCCGCGCCGCUAGACCCUCUGCAGGCCAGCUACUUUACCAAGGUCAACGAGUCGCUUUUUGAGAAGAAGACGGAGGAGAUGAUGGAACUGCUUUGGAGCUUGCCCAAUGUCAUUCCCGAUAUGCUGAGGCACGUUGAGUGUCCUAUGGUCAUGGACCUGCUGCUCAAAAUCAUUGCCCUUGAUCGCACAGAAGGUGGUCAAGGCGUUGUUGAGUGGCUGUAUUCCAAGGACAUUAUUCCAACACUCAUUUCUUUCCUCGGUCCUGAGCACAGCUGGGUUGUGCAGACCGCCGCAAGCGACUUUAUCAAGGCCAUCAUCACCAUCUCUGCCAACGCCUCGCAGAACGAGCAGCAGUGCAUCGGCCCCAACGAGCUUACACGUCAGCUCGUUUCAAAGCCCUGUGUCGAGCAACUGGUUGGUUACAUGCUUGGAGGCGGCAACCCUCUGACUGUUGGUGUCGGCAUCAUCAUUGAGGUGAUUCGGAAAAACAACUCCGACUACGAUCCGGAUGUUGGAACAGAGGCCAACACCACGCCUUCCAGUCGCGACCCCAUUUACCUCGGUAAUUUGUUGAGGCUUUUUGCCCAGAAUGUGCCCAAGUUUAUGAACCUCAUCAUGAACGAGCCAUCAAAGAAGCAGGGCGUCGACUCGACUUUCAACGAGAAGCUCGAGCCUCUUGGAUUCGACAGGUUCAAGACUUGUGAGCUCAUGGCAGAGCUCUUGCACUGCAGCAACAUGGGCUUGCUCAACGAGAUUGGCUCGGAACAGUUGAUUGCAACUCGAGACUUUGAGCGACAGCGCCUUCGAGCCGAGGGCAAGCUGACUCCCCGAGACGAUGACGGAUCUGCCGAUGACUUGACGAUGCGCAUCCCUCACCCAUCCCACCAUGAGGAGGUCCGCCGCCUGGAAGUCACCAAUGCCGAUGACGAUGGCUUUGAAGAGGUGGAGCCCACCAAUGAGUUGAACGAAGACACCUCCCACGAGUUUGUCAAGGCCGAGGACGACAUUGCACCCGGCGCGAACGCAUCUUCAUCUUCCUUCCUCGAAAAGGACGAGGAGGAAUUUGUCGACGAGCCUCUCAGCUCUCCUCGGCUAGCAGUGGCCACGGCGGGGAUGAACGAACAGCGCUUUGAAGUACCGGACCUUGUUGUUGCGCCUCUUUCACCCACAAAGGCAAAGUCUCCCGAGCUGGCUAAAUCGGAAGUGGAGAACCCUCCUGCCGUCGAGGAUCAAAGCAAGGUUACUGCAGAGGAACAAAAGCCUGAGACAGUUGCAACUGUUCUCUCUGGGCCCAUUGUAGUAGAGACAGCUGGCACAGGCAGCGCAGCGGCUUCAGAACAAUCUGCGACUGACUCUUCGUCCCAAUCCGAAACCACAAAGCCUGGGUUGCAGCCAUCGCCGCUGCCCAGGGAAGACGAGGUGAAGAAGAGCGAGCCAGUCACCAGCACUCCUCAAGAAGCCCCCGCCUCUGUUGCUGAGUUGGUUCCUGAAGAGAUUGAAAAAUCUCGUGGCCUAUCCCCCCAUCCUGAAGAUACCCCGCCCCCUCUCUUCUCUGUUCCCCUUGCCCCUGAUUCCGGCGUCCAAGAGCCACCACAGUCAUUUACACCACCCCCAGGCUCUGAGCCAGGCCUUGCUGAAGCUGCAGCUGGCGAGAAACCUGCAGAGACAGUAGCAGGCGAUGCUACCGAAGCUGUUGUGGGCGACUUUCUCAAAAUGCAGUUUGUUGAGUAUCGUGUUGUUCCGGCGAUAUUGAUCCCAGCUAACAUCAAGCAGUCAUUCUUCUUUGCAUACCCUUGGAACAACUUCCUCCACAACGUCGUGUAUGAUAUUGUACAGCAAGUGUUCAACGGUCCGAUGGACCGUGGUUUCAACCCGACAUUGGCUGUGUCUCUCUUCGAGGCUGCAGACAUCACCAGCGCCAUCAUUAAGGGCCAGCAAGCCAGCGACGAAUCUCAGGCCAGGACCAAGACCCGCAUGGGAUACAUGGGACACCUCACGCUGAUUGCUGAGGAGGUUGUCAAGUUCACCGAACGCCACCCCCCGGAGCUUCUGUCAGAAAUGGUCCUCGACAAGGUUAUGAGCCAAGAUUGGAUCAAUUAUGUGGAAGGUGCUCUCGCGGAAACACGAGAGCGAGACAAUGCAAUUCUGGGUGGCGUUCGACCCGAGGUGGCCUUGGGACACCGAGCCAGCCUCGGAGCUAGUGGCUUGGGCGGCAUCGGCUUGUCAGGCCUUGCAAACACGGCCAGCGGAUCGAAUGCCUUGGCAGAGGCUGGCCUCAACGGCGGUAUGGAGAUGAAUGAGGGAGAUGGUAACGGAAUUGGUCCCUUUGCGAUCAGCGCGGGCACUCUGAUGUCUGGAUUUGGAAGUAGUAGCGACGAAGACGACGAUGAGGGCGAUGGGGAUGAAGAGGAUGUGAAUUCCGAGGUGAGUAAUGAUUCUUCCGAUGAGCACGGCAACGAGUCUCCUGAGGCGACAAUGGGCAUGCCAUAUACACCCGAAGAUGUCAUCAUGAUGUCUCCCGAACCGAUCAGAGCGGUAUCUCCAGACGCAAUGGCCUUGGAAGCCGAUGCUGACCUGGAUCCAUCGGACCAGGACAUCAUGGUGAUUGAGGAAGGAGGAUGGAUACAGAGGCGAGAUCCAAGCCAAGGCCCCAAUAGAAGGAUAGAUUUCUCUUAGGACGAGGAACAAGUUUCA